GCAGGUUAAGGACCCGGUCACCGGAGGGAACGGUGAAGAAGCGGGAGGGAGCCGGGCAGCUGCGGCCCUGGGCCUCUCUCGGCCUCCUAUGGCCAACGCGGACCCCAGGGUGCUGCUCUUGGCCAGACAGGUGGCUGAGAGCAGAGAUGAGGACGUCCCAGUGUUGCUCCUGAAGCUGAAGGAAAUUUUAAAUAGUGCUUCCUCGGGAUCUAAAGAAUCAAAAAAAAUUAGGCAAGAAAUACACUACUAUGAUCUUACGCAGUACUGUGUGCUGGUCCUGAGACAAGACUACUCUCGGCUGCCUGGAGGCUGGGCCACGGCUGCCCGGCUAGCAGAGAUACUAAGUCAUUGUUGUGUGGGACUAGAGGUGAAAGAAGAUCCUGAGGAAUUUUACAAGAAAUUUCUUCCUUCAGCCAUAGACAACUUGUUGUUUUUGGGAAGACGACUGCAAGCACGAUUCAUCCGAGCAAUCAAGGAUGAAGAAAAAAAAGGUUUUUUACACUGUUUCCAUACAGUAACUGAUGCCAUCUGCUGGCUGUUUGGUGGGCAUAUUCAACUAACAGAGUGUGUCUUGCAAAAUGAUCAUUUCCUACAGUUGUUAAUAACAGAUGACAUUGAAACAGCAAUGAUAAUGAUGUCUGUUUUACACAAUAUUUUGAAGGUCAAUAGUCCUGUCUUGCUUUGUGUUGAUGAGAAGUUUCUUCACUCUGUUUUGGAUGAACUUGUUUAUAAGCUUUCAUCUGCCACCAAUCCUGUCAUAGGAAAUGCGGCUACAAAACUGCUACUUUUACUUGCAAAGUUUUCCCAGCAACUUGUCAAGUUGCUCACAACUCGCUACAAAGGACUAAAGCUGCUUCUAAGCAAGCAGUGGACUGGCAAAGGAUUUGACAGAGAUCUCAGUCAACUUUUGGACUUGCUGUACUUGGAACAAUCUGAUAGAAAAGAAGAAAUGCAGAGGCAGCAUCAAGCAGCUUGUUUAAUCCAGGCUACAUGGAAGGGAUUUCAGACAAGGAAAAGACUGAAAAAACUACCUCAAGCAGUGACUGCUUUACAAAGGAGCUUCAGAGCUAAACGAAAACAGGAGCUGCAACAUUUAAAAAAACAGAAAGAAGAUGAGGCUCUAAAACAGGAAAUGCAACUGCAGAGACAGAGGGCCAUGAGACACUUCCAUGAACGACAGCUGGCCUUGCUGGAGAUAAUCCAUGCCAGUCAGAUGGAUAAGCACAUUCAGGAAAUGGAGGAAAAAUCAGCAUUAACUAUCCAGAGAUUCUGGCGAGGGUACAGAGCGAGAAGAUAUUUUCAUCAACAGAAGCAAUCUCUUAAGGAAUAUAAAGCAGCUGUCACCAUUCAGAGAGCAGCUUGUAAAUUCAUAGAAAAACGAAGGAAAAAAAGAGCGCUCUCUCCUUGGAAAGACACCAAAGGACUGGCUGAUGAGCAGAGACUAGCUUUAAAGCAGAAGGUGGAUGACUACAUCAAAUUGCAUCCGGCUUCUCAAAUGUCAGAAGAAAUGAGUAAAGAAUUACAUGUGCAGGCUCAGGAAAAGCUGGCUCAGUUCCUGCUGAGGAGCAGUCUGGAUCGGAGAGCAGCACAGCGGAGAGAGACGUUACUGGCUCAGGUCAACACUGAUGUGGAGCUGCUAAUGAAUGCUCCAGGGCUUGGAGAGAGCACAGAAAAAGAUCUCAGCAUCUUCAUGAGCAGGUCAGGCCCUGUAGCUGCCAAGGCCAAACAGUCGCACAUCACUAUGUUGAAAUACACCCGGUGGCCAUGGUGGAAGAAGCUUGGAGAUGAAUUUGUGGAGGGUGAUGUCAUUCCUGAUGAAGCCCUGACUGCAGAACUGGGAACUCUGUAUAUGGGUGGAAGGAAAUCCUUUGCAUAAACAAGCAGGAGAACCUGUUCCAUACUCAUCCAGCCUCACUCCUUACAUUGUGCAUUGAGUUGCACAUGUUUUUAAGGAAGGAAAGCACUUGGAUGCUAAGACAAAGCACUGAAGAAGACUAAAGGUUUAUUUCUGUAUGCUUUAUUGAGCUUAUUAAGAAUCUCUUCUGUAACCUGCCACCUGCCUUCCUGUGCAUCUACAGUAAAUCCUUAUCCACUUUGCAGUAGAUUGAAGUAUUGUGGUUGUAAAUGAAAGUAUUUCAGAAAUUGCGUCAUUGUAAGUGUAAAAUCUUUGACUUURCAUUCACAGAACAAACCAAGACAUAAAAAGGAACAAAGCAAGUCCAGGCUAGGCUAGAUGCUUACAGAGCCCUGCACUGCAGCUAACUGCAUUCAGGCAUUGGCACAGCUUGGCCUUAGGAAUCUCUACCAGCCUCUUGAUUAAAAACAAAUGAAAACUAUUUUGAAUUACUACUAGAAGAAGGCAAAACAAACCUGUGAUCUCUGUGAGCUAUGCAGCAAUGAGAAGGAAGCAGGCACUGCAGAACAUGUUAGAGCUGUUGGAAGCCUAUGCAGGUGCUUAGAGAGCAAUUUGGCUUUUGAUCAGGACCCUUCAUGCUGUUAAAGAGCACUUAAAUUUUUGAAAGGGGAAAAAAAGGCUGUUUUUAAAGAAAAGGAAAUCACARUCCUGCUUUUCAGUGGACAAAGGUCCUGUUCAGUUUAAGGAAGCUGAAUCAYAUAAUUCUCACAAGCCAGAGGAAGAAGAAAGGUAUUCUUGGAUUUGUA